GUAGUAACCAGAGCGGCCAGCAGGGGGCGGUGUCUCUGCGGUCUACGGCGAGCGAGAGGACGAACGCAUCGCCAGUGCGCAUGCGUGGAGUCAUCUCAGCGGCGGACGCGCAGUGAUGACGCUGUGAUGACGCUGUGCGGCGGGAGCAGCGUGGCGGUCCUGAGGGCGCGCGUCUGGUUGACGGUCCUGCAGCGUGGCCGCGCACACACCUGUCUGACGUCACCGGCUACCUGCAGACUCACGCACGCGCCUGGGCGUGCGCUGAGAGCCGCGUGCGCCCUUCAGCUGAGGGCGUGCACGUCGAAGAGCACGGAUGACGUCACCGGCGGCGGUCUGCAGGUGGAGGAGGAGGAUGAUGGAGGUGAUGGAGGUGAUGAUGACGUCAUGGGGGAGCGCGAGGUGGAGGAGCUGUUCAGGCUGCACGCGCCCUCAGGUGCUCAGCAGCACAGAGUGCUCGUGCUGCACCCCGACGUGAAGUGGGGGAGCCGCAAGCAGCACCUGACCACAGCUGAGCUGAUGAUGGCCGAGGCCGUGGGGCUCGUGAACACUUUGGACAACUGGAGAGUGGUGGACAAGCUCAUCAUGUCCACCAAGACACCAGAGAAGAAGAAGAUCUUCGGCAAAGGAAACUUCCAGACUCUGACAGAGAAAAUCCGACAGACAGCAGGAAUCACUGCAGUGUUUGUGAACGUGGAGCGUCUGUCUCCACUGUCUGAGAGGGAGUUUGAGGAGGCCUGGGGGGUCAAAGUCUUCGACAGAUACUCGAUGGUCCUCCACAUCUUCCGCUGCAACGCCAGAACCAAAGAGGCCAAGUUACAGAUCUCUCUGGCGGAGAUCCCCUUGUUACGAUCCCGUCUGAAAAAUGAAAUGGCAAACUUGGAUCAGCAGGGCGGAGGAGCGAGAUACAUCGGAGGCUCAGGCGAGACACUGAUGGAGGUCCAGCAGAGAGUUCUGAGGGAGCGAGAGAUGAAGAUCCGCUCGGCGCUGGAGAAACUGAGGAGGAAGAGACACCUGCUGAGAUCUCAGCGUCGACACAAAGAGUUCCCCAUCGUCUCCGUGUUGGGAUACACAAACUGUGGUAAAACGACCCUGAUCAAAGCGCUGACGGGCGACGUUGCGCUUCAACCCAGAAACCAGCUGUUCGCCACGCUGGAUGUCACCGUCCACGCCGGCCUGCUGCCCAGUCACAUGACCGUCCUCUACGUGGACACCAUCGGCUUCCUGUCCCAGCUGCCCCACCAGCUCAUCGACUCCUUCUCCGCCACGCUGGAGGACAUCAAACACUCGGACCUUCUGGUCCACGUCAGAGACAUCAGUCAUCCGGAGACGGUGAACCAGAAGGUGAACGUACUGAGCGUUCUGAAGAACCUACAAAUCCCCGACAAGCUGAUGAACUCCAUGAUAGAAGUCCACAAUAAAAUCGACCUCGUUGACAACUAUCAGCUCUCGGAGCCCGACGCUCUGCCCAUCUCAGCCGUGGAGCAGCGAGGUCUGGACGUUCUGAGGACGACGGUGGAGGACGAGAUCCUGAAGUCUACGGGGAAACACAUGUUAGACCUCAGCGUUGACCUCAGCUCUCCUCAGCUAAGUUGGCUGUACAAGGAGGCCUCUGUUCAGGACGUGCAGGUGAACGCAGACGAAGGCUCGGCCGUCGUCAAGGUCAUCAUCAGCGCCGCAGCUUACGGACGCUACAAGAAACUGUUCACGGGGAGAUGACGGAGAAGAAGAGCGAUACCUCCUCCUGCUGCAGGAGGCAGACCAGCCUUCAAAUGAUUAAUCAGCUCAUUAAAGCUACACAUGAACAACAACAACACGUGUCACUGGCUGCCUGAUCGCUACUGAGCAUGAGCAGAUCUCAACAGAGGAGAAAGAACGGAGACGGCUCACUCUUCCAUCAUCAUCAUCAUCAUCAUCUCUGGCGUAUCGUUAGCAACUUGAAAUGUUGUUAUCGAACAUCUCCA